ACGUGCGUCGGUCCAUCACGUGACCUGUGGAAUGUGAACAAUGCAGCGAGUGUCCAACUUUGUGCUGCAUUUCUGAGAAAAUGGAGGCUCAUUUCAUCAUAUUUACCCAGUUCCUCUGUCUUUACUGAACUCUUCGGUUGUUUCUACGCGCUCAUCAAUCGAGAAAGGGACUUUAAGAAGGUGCCGUUUGACGGGAUUUACUCUUCAAUCCGAGUUAUUCUUGCUACUUCUAUCACAUGGCGAAGAUUGGCAGCGUCAUGGUUUGGCUCUGCGGUGCCCUGGGGACCGGCUGCAUUUCCUGGAAUAAGCUGGAACCUGAGCCUUGAAAGUCACACCAUGGAAUGCCUGUAGUACCACACCUCACCUUCAUCCAGCCCACCAGCAUCAGCAGGAAUCAGAAACACAAAGAGAGACACAAACAAAUAAGGGACACAAACAAAUACUUCCAAAUCUGUGCCUCCAAUUUGUGCUCGUGGAGACUCUUUACUAUUUAGGUCAGCCAGCUUGAAAAGGAUCUUUUGGACAGUGUGGGGGAGUGCCUGUGUGUGUGUGUGUGUGUGUGUGUGUGUUUCCCUUUUAGAGUAGGUGCCUUCCCUGGGCACUGAGGCAAUGAGGCCCAAGACUUUCCCAGCUGCCCCGUAUGUGGGCAACACACGCCAGAGGCUUCAGGAGAUCAAGGAGGGUUUGAAGCAGCCGGCAAAGCUAGUGAGCCAGGCCCUGCAUGGGGGCAGCUCUCGGACAGACGGUGGCAGAGGGGCCGACUGCAAGAGCGGGAAAGACACAACCAGCCGACAGCAGCAGAUCCGACCCCCGCAGAAGUUCAACAACUACCAGAAUGCCUUGCGGGAAAUCCGCAGGUCCCUCAUGCCCUUUGCCAAUGAGUCGGGUCCAUCUUCCGGGUCAGGGCACCCUGCAGGCGCCGGGGAGGUCAACCGGCAGAUGCUGCAGGAGCUGGUUAACGCCGGCUGUGACCAGGAGAUGGCAGUGCGGGCACUGAAGCAGACAGGAAGUAGGAACAUCGAAGCGGCCUUAGAGUACAUCAGCAAAAUGGGUUACCUCGACCCUCGCAAUGAGCUCAUCGUCCGUGUCAUCAAGCAGACUUCUCCAGGAAAAGCUGGCAUGCCAAACUCAAUGGACCACCGACCUGCAUUAGAGGCUCCAGGCGAGGCUGGUGUAAUGCCUCCGUACCACCAGAUGGGGGCUCCCAUGUACGAGGGGGCAGGUGGAUAUGGCCCUGAGGGUGAGAUGCCCAGACCCUACAUGAGCGCUCCCCCCGUAAUGAACUACAUGAUGCCUCCAUCUGGUGGGACACAGGGCCCUGCUAUGGGAAACCCGAUGGGGCGACCUCCUAGUAUGGGCACCUAUCCACAAGUGAUGGCCACCCAAAGCAACCCAGCCAACACCAUGUACCCUCCAGGGGCCCAGCAGAAGGGCUACCCUGGCGGUAUGGAGCAGCACGGGCCCAUGAUGAGCUACAACGUCCCUGGCCAGCCUCUGCAGCUCCAGCCUCAGCCACCAGGGGGCCCUGUUCCCGGCCCCCACUAUGACUACGGCCACGCCAGGCCGCACAUGAUGGAGCCUGCUGGCUAUGGAGUUAAGAGGACCGCCUCCUUCCAGAACAAGAUGGCACCGCCCCCCAUGGCGCCCCCAGACAACUAUGUCAACAUGCAGGGGAAAGGGACCAUGGGCCAGAAUGGUCCAGGAGGUGGAGGGGGAGGAUACCCUGCUAACCUGUACCUGUCCUCUCAUUCCCACCCACGCCAGGCCAGCCCCACCUCCCACCAGGUCCACAUGAUGUCCCGUUCCCCAGGUGGGGUGUCAGCCAUGGGCCCUGACUUCUCCGAUAUGCCCCAGGGAUUGAUGACACCAUCCAGAGCUAGCCUCAACCUGGACCUGUAUGAGCACCACUGGGCGGGGCCUCCAGGUCCUGAAAGUGCUCCUCAAGCCAGGCAACCCCAGCCCCAGGGCCCAUUCAGGGGGGAGGUGCGUGUCCCCAGCAGAACCAACUCCUUCAACAGUCGCUCUGCGGGGCCCAAUGGUGUCCGGCCUGCGAUGGCUGCGCCUCCCACAGCUGGCAAACAGGACUCCUCCUUGGGCCCUCCAAACACCAUCACGGCUGUUACAUCCCCGCCCAUCCAACAGCCGGUCAAGAGUAUCCGUGUGAUGAGGCCAGAACCUAAGACGGCUGUGGGACCGUGUCACCCCAGCUGGAUGACUGCUCAGGCCCAGGACGCAGCGGAGCCUCUGACCUACAUGCCAGAGGAGACCUAUACUCUUGAGCCUGCUCCGGAGCCACGCUGCCCACCGCCACCUUACCCCAAAAACCUGCUCAUGUCUGGGCCAGAGGAAGGAGCCGGAGUCAUGUGUGGAGCUCAAGACCUCAGCAGCCCUGCUGCCAGAAGCACACGUGGUGACAGUGGAGGGAGCGGAAAGGCCGAGGAGAGACAGCAGGUGAAAGAGAAGACGAAGAUGGGCAAGGGAGAAAAAACGGUGAAAGACAAGAAGCAGAUCCAGACGUCACCUGUUCCGGUAAGGAAGAAUGGACGUGAUGAAGAGAAGAGAGAGUCACGCAUCAAGACCUACUCACCUUUUGCUUUCAAGUUCUACAUGGAGCAGCACAUAGAGAAUGUGAUGAAGACCCACCAGCAGAAACUGAACCGCAGGCUUCAGUUGGAACAAGAGAUGUCCAAGGCUGGCCUUUCGGAAGCAGAGCAGGAGCAGAUGAGGAAGAUGCUGAACCAGAAAGAGUCCAACUACAACAGGCUACGCCGUGCCAAAAUGGACAAGUCCAUGUUUGUCAAAAUCAAAACUUUGGGAAUAGGUGCCUUUGGUGAAGUGUGUCUCACACGUAAAGUGGACACGGGUGCACUUUAUGCCAUGAAAACACUGCGCAAGAAAGAUGUCCUUAACCGCAACCAGGUGGCCCACGUGAAAGCAGAGCGUGACAUCCUGGCGGAGGCAGACAACGAGUGGGUGGUGCGUCUCUACUACUCCUUCCAAGACCGUGACAGCCUUUACUUCGUAAUGGAUUACAUCCCCGGAGGAGACAUGAUGAGCCUGCUUAUCCGUAUGGGCGUCUUCGCCGAACCUCUGGCACGCUUCUACGUGGCGGAGCUGACGCUGGCCAUCGAGAGCGUCCACAGGAUGGGCUUCAUCCACCGCGACAUCAAGCCCGACAACAUCCUCAUUGACCUGGACGGACACAUCAAGCUGACGGACUUUGGUCUGUGCACGGGCUUCCGCUGGACACACAACUCCAAGUACUACCAGAAAGGGAGCCACGUCAGACAGGACAGCAUGGAGCCCAGUGACUUCUGGGACGACGUGUCUAACUGCCGCUGCGGCGACCGCCUGAUGACGCUUGAGCAGCGCGCCAACCGGCAGCACCAGCGCUGCCUGGCUCACUCCCUGGUGGGAACACCUAACUACAUCGCACCGGAGGUGCUGCUGCGCAAAGGUUACACCCAGCUGUGUGACUGGUGGAGCGUGGGAGUGAUCCUGUUUGAGAUGCUGGUGGGACAGCCGCCCUUCCUGGCCCCCACACCUACCGAGACUCAGAUUAAGGUCAUCAACUGGGAGAGCACACUGCAGGUGCCUGCCCAGGUCAAACUGAGCCCCGAGGCCGUCGACAUCAUUGGUCGUCUCUGCUGCUCCGCGGAGGAUCGCCUGGGUGCCAACGGCGCCGGCGAGAUCAAGGCUCACCCCUUCUUCACCCAGAUGGACUUCUCCAGCAAUCUGCGCCAGCAACCGGCACCCUACCGGCCCAAGAUCGCCCACCCGAUGGACACGUCCAACUUUGACCCCGUGGAGGAGGAGGGUGGACCCGGGGCGUGGCGGGACAGCGGGGACAGCACUCGGGCCUUGGACACGCUCUGCUCCCCGCACGGGAAGCACCCGGAGCACGCUUUCUACGAGUUCACCUUCCGCAGAUUCUUUGACGACAACGGCUGCCCUUUCCGCUACCCUAAACCGCUUGAGGCCAGCGAGGUGUCGCCAAGCCUGGGCCCAGAAGAGGAGGACGAACAAGAAGAAGAGGAGGAGGAGGAGGAGGAAGAUGAAGAGGAGGAGGGAGAGCAGGGGGAGGGAUGUGAGCCGGUGUACGUGUAGAGCAGCAGACUGACAGGCUUCCUGGGCGGCGUGCGUCUAUUAUUACCAGGUUUUAAUGCUCAUCAUUCAGCUCAUGACCCUCCCACCUACCACUGCUCUUCUUCUGUGUAUGCGUCUGUGUGUAGAGGUGUGCAUGCUACACAGGUGUGUAUGUGUGUGUUUAAGCAUAUCUGGCAUGUGUGAUUGUUAAGUUGCAGGAGCAGGAUUGAUGAACAUCGCCACCUUGUGGAAUCUAUAGUGCGUCCACAAUGACUUCAAAUACAAAACUCCCCUGAUCCGGGACCAAGAAACAACAUUUUGUACGUGACUGACUGCAUCAAGGGUGAAGCGGUUAGAAGAGCAAGACUCAGAAAAUGUGCAGGUCGAAAGAAGAAAAUGAUUGGGAAUGUACGGAUUCUAAUUCGAGGACUACUUCUGGUUCUUCCAGCGGUUUCUUGUCCCAUUCCUUCCACCCUUGGGUCUUACGGACGACUGAAACAUCUCUGUGAUCUUCUGACACCGGAGCUACGUCCUGUUCUACCCAAGCUGCUUUACACUCGAAUAUCAGACACAGCAAUGAUGAGUGAAACCAGUUUACUCAUUGAUCGCGGGGCUCUUUCACAGCUGCUGCAAAAUAAGCUACAAAGACACAUUGCAUGCAUGUGUACACACUCAGCGCACGCAUAUUCAGUACAGCUCAAGGUAAAGGGUGAAAAAAGCAGUCUCUGCAGGUAGAUUUCAGUGUCCAUAUUUCAAGACGUUGGCUCAGACUAAGAUGGACAAACAAAUCCUCCCAGGUUCCUCUAACACACAGAGAGAAACUGUUUAGCAGCCCUCUUGUUGCGUGAGAGAAAAUGCGUCCCUUUUGGCAGCAUUCAGUUUUCAAUUUCUGCAUUUGUAGCAGAUAAACUGCUUUACUAAAAUGUAAAACAAAUUAGCCACAUAUUUUUGGUUGCUCCAUCUAUCCUAUAUAUCCACAGCUGCCUCAUUUUGUGCCAACUGUAAUUCAGUUAAUAUUUUGUUCUUAAGAUGGAGCCUUAUCCUUCUUCCCUCAGAGUUUGCUGUUACAAAUGUCCUUGCAUUUAUAAAAUGCUUCCUGUUACUGAUCCUCUAUUCUAACUGACCAUUUAAAAAAAAAUAAAAAAUCUUCCACCUACACAAAGAGCGUGUGUAGAGUUCGGACAAGGCUCUAAAAAUCAAGUCCGAUUCUGUUUUAGCCGGAUCAAAGACUGAACCACUGUAAUGUUUAUAGAGCCCGACAUGCAGUGAAUUUCCGCUCGUAAAUUACAGGAAGAAUCCCCCUGCUUUGUUUUAAGAAAAUAACUAAUGAAUAGAAUGACACCUUAUUUAAGAAAGUUAAGAGAAAUCAGAGCCAGACCCGGAUAAGCCUGGACCCAUCGGGUCAGAUGGUGCUGAGUUGGUUUCUGACUGAGAAACAAAGCUCACACAAAAGAACACACAUUCACCAAGAUGCACAAUUUUACAGCUAUUUUGCAAAGAUGAGUUGCAUUGUAACUUAAACAGCCUCCUCUUAUCUUCUGGAGGCUGCCAUGAAAACACAAAGCAACAUGUUCUUACACUAGCAAACGUGAUAGUACUAUGUGCAAUACAAAAAUACAUUAUAUAUAGUUUUUUAAACACUUAUUAUCCUUUUUGAACGUUUUAGUACUGAAAUGUACAAAUAUAUUGGUUUAUAUAUAUAUUUCCUCUUCAGUUACAACAUGCUGCUUAUUAUUGUGUUUAAUAUUAUUUACAUUAAUAUUAUAAUUGUUAUUACAUGUGUACCUGUUUUUCUUUUGUUGUGGCUUAAAGAAGUGUUGGCAUUAUUGCCAAGUGUGCUUGGGUUUUGAAAGUAAUAAGCCGUGUGCCUUUCUAAUUGAAUGUUGGGAGUGUGCGUCGCCUCUCGAUGACGAAGGAGACGACAGUGAUGAUGAUGAUGAUCAGUGUUUGCAGAACGACGAUGGUAGACUCUGCAGCUCCUGCAGACGGGCUGGUCCUGAAUGCAGGAGAGGAGCGUGUAAAGGAUUCUGGUUCAGAAAGAGAUGGAACAGAGUAGAUAAAGGUUAGAGAAAGGGGAGGAGCGUGGCAGGUUGGCUUCAGGAAAUGUAAUUUGAAAAAAAGAAUGACUAGCUUUCUCUGUUUUACAAAACCGCAAAUGGUUAUACUUCAACAAAGAGUUAGUGUUUGGUACAUUGCCUUUAUUUAUCCGAAAGGACCACAAGUUUGAGUGUUUUUUUUUUUUUACUUUUACUACAGACCUGUGCCAUGUUCUGUAUUGACACUAUCAUCCAGUACUUUCUUGCUUAUUGACAAUCAGUAAACAGUAAACUGCUCUCUCUGUGUCAAACUGAACUGUUUGGUCGAUUAACACUAAACUGUUCCAACAGUAUUCUGAAUUUGACUUUAAUGACUGGGAAUGUUAAAGAAGUCAGAACCUUUUUUUUAAAGAGAUUUUUCUGAUGCAUAAACGAUGAUGGAAAAUGUGAGGAUCAGAUUUGUUACAGAAGAUUUUGUUUUUUAUUUUUGCCUUACGAUGUAUUGAAAGUUUGUUUUUCUGUAAAUGUGCCUUGUGUUCUAAAGUGAGCAGCACAAUCUUAAAAGAUUGCCUUCUUAUUAUCGUCAACAUCUUCUUCAGACCUCUUAACUGUUAUUAUAAUUUAUCUGUGGAAGUUUUUUCAGAUUCACACUGGCUUUGUUUACAUGCACCAACAAUCUUCUUAUUCUAGUCAAUAACUUUAAGUAAAUAGAAUUAGAUAAGGCAGUUGAUUUGAGGGAAAGUGGGCAGAACAAUAAAUUUCUUAAUAAAUUAGAUUAUUUUUCUUUAACUCAAUGUAUCUCUGGCUGCAACGUAUUGUUUUAGGAAAGGGAAACAGGGCUUUCAACACUGUACAAUGGUGCAACUCGGGUCAUUUGUAAAUUUCACAUCACAGACCGACGCAUGCAAUCAUGAUACGAAAGUACCUAUUUUUUUUGCUGUUUUGUGUUUAACUUAAACUGGACUAAAGCCAUGUAAACAUAGCCAGUGUUGCCUGUGAGCUUCCCAGAUAAACCACAGUCUUCCACAGAGCAGCACCACUGGAUCCAUUAUGGAUGAAGUGCCUUGCUCAAGGGCACCAUCAUUGAGAUUAAGGCAGACAGGUGUUGCUCUUCCUCUCAGCUGGUCCAGAUGUCCACUUCCAUUUUCAUAAACCUCUCGUUGCCAAUCUACGUCAACCAGGACGGACUGCUUCGUGAAAAAUAGCUUUAUAACGAGAGCCACAGCUCUCCGCAGAGUGUGUGAGGUGUUUCCUGGAUGUGUUUUCUGUUUCUAAGGUUAGAGAGUGAUGACUGACAAUCUUUGACUGACUUGAUAUCUGAUUUCUUCACGAGACUUACUUGUGUAUCCUUUUCAUUUUGUAUUUUUACUCUAAGGAGCCUCUUGUUGCCUUUGACACUCCUUAAUAUAUGAUACAAUUCUGUUACUCUUAAAUUGAUAUUUAUACAGAUAUAGAUAUUUUUUUGUAUCUUUUUUUCCCCUUUUUAAAUUCCCCUUGUGCUAAUGUUCAAAAACCCAUGUCUACGCAGUAUUAUACAUGAUGUAAUGGGGACAGCUAUCUCUUUUUUUACAUUUAUGUAUGAACUGAGAAUUUGUAAAAAUGCUUUCACAGUCCUUGUGUGUAAAAUGUAUGUAUAAAUUAAAUUAACCAACUUGGA